GACAAGUGUCGGAUCCGUAAGGUAAAUUGUCUACAGAUGUGGUGGUGUGGACUCAAGACCUUCACUGUGACUGCAGGAGACAGAGUGGAGCUCAACUGUCUGCAAGAGGUCUUGGAAGACAAGGGGAGGUUCUCCUGGAGGGUGAUUUGGCGUUUUGCUAAAGGGCUCAUCACUCCUGAGGACGCUCUGUUUGCUCGUCUCAAGGCUCCUAUGAUGGACCGGGUGAUUCUAGAUCCAGUCACAGAGAGUGAUGCAGGUACCUAUCGCUGCACUGUGCUGGACUCCGCCUUCCGCAGGGUGAAGAGGAUCGAGUGGGGGAUCCGGGUUCUGCCUGUUGGGUUUAUGGAUCUGCAGUACCACAGCUCUCAGGAAGACUGGGACCAGCAGAACCAGACUGUGACCUCAACCCAGCAAAACAAGGAGAGAACUGCACUUAAAGUGGUAUGUGGUGAUGAGCUUCGUCAUCGGUGGAACGACAUUUGGACUCAUCGUCCUGCUCCUCGUCAGGACGAGCAGACGACUGCUGAAAUGGAAGAGAUGGUCAAGAUGAUCCUGAAUGUUCCAGCUGGAGGACUGAAGAAAUGUGAAGCUAAAGGUUCCACCAAAAGAGCUGAUGUUCAGCUCCUACUUGAGGUCCUGGUGAUGGUGAUCCACAGCAGGACACUACGUGACCGAUCUCCAUCUGUAGACAGACUCAUUCCCAUCAGAGAUGAGUCAGCUGAGGGUCGUAUCAUCCGUGAACUUAAGGAGCUUCACAGACUGACAACAGGAGACAAGUAUGAAGAAGUAGACUUUUCCACCCAUCCCUGCGCUAUCAAGUCCUGCAAGUAG